GUUCAUUUGUUUCUCUGAUGGCAUUGGCGUUUCUCCGGUGGAUCCUCCGGGUCCUGAUGGUCCUGAUCGUCUUUCAGGGUGUGUUUGUGAUGUUUUAUUACACACUCAACACACACUCAUCCAGAGAUGGGAUGACGGACACGCUUCAGCUGCUGCGCUGCGCUAAACUCAGACGCAAGUUUUACAUUAUUAACCCGGCCAAAAGUUUAAAACUGCAGAGUUUCACGCAGGAGCUGUCAGAUUUCAUGAGCUGCCCGUACAAAUCAAACACAACCGAGCGCGAGCUGAACAGAAUGAGGCUGCAGUUAUGCUGCAACGCCACAGGAUCGUUAUUCCUCACCAAACGCAACACAGCUGUCAAUCAGACCAUCCCGUAUGAGACCAGCAAAAUAAAAACAUACAAAAUGAAUGCAGUCAUUCACAGCAUGCUGCCUGAGGAUUUCCCCUGGAGCGGUCGUCGUCUGGGUCGGUGUGCUGUGGUUGGCAGUGGUGGGAUUCUGAAGAACAGCAGCUGUGGACGUGAGAUCGACAGCGCAGACUUCGUCAUACGGUUUAAUUUGGCGACAAUUAAUGACAGUGAUGUUGGGCUGAAGACGGAUCUUAUAACCAUCAACCCCAGUCAGAUUCGAUUAACAUCCAUGGAAUCUUUCAGCUG